CCCUACGAUCCCUACAUCCCUUCCGGUGGCGCCGGCCAGGGCGCGCAGGGCCAGAAUGGCAACGUGCGCACUGCCGCUCUCCAGGCGGUACGUUACCUCGUCCAUUGUCAAAGGGGCGUAGGGCACUUUUGCGGCAUGUGCAGCGUUGAGAAGUAGCGGAGGUGCAGCAGUCGUGUUUGAAGAGCUGGUGUCGAAGCUACAGAGACAUGACAUCAGCCCUGCGACGACGAUAGAGCACUGUGGAAUCUGCGGCAGCCACUCUCUAUGUUCUGCAUCAAACGUGGAGAGUGCGCGCUGUGUCCCGUGCCUCAUGCUCACUCUGCGCAUGCGCUGCGCUCUCCGUAGCAAUACAUUAGGCAGCCGCUGACAUGUUGUCCAGGAAAUCGACAGUACCGUUGGCAUUAUGCGCGACAAUAUCAACAAGGUCUCUGAGCGUGGCGCCCGUCUCGACUCGCUGCAGGAUAAGACCGACAAUCUUGCCGUCUCCGCACAGGGCUUCCGAAGGGGCGCCAACCGCGUACGCAAGCAGAUGUGGUGGAAAGACAUGAAGAUGCGCAUGUGCCUGAUUGUCGGCAUCAUCAUCCUGCUCGUCGUCAUCAUUGUCCCUGCUGUCGUUGCAACACAGAAGAAGUAAACGUCUUUACGCCAGAUACCACGAAACAUACCACUUAAUAAUCGCGUAGCGGCGGACAGUUGCACAGCCACGGGGAGGGGAGUGGCACCCACGUGCACUGUACUAUCAUGACACCCUGUAGGAACUACAUCUACGACUGUUUGGGAGCGAGGCUCGAUUUCUUGUCUUUCUUUGCAUUUGACGACCGGCACGGGAUGCAGCCUGCGUUACGGUGCCUGGGAAAGCUCUCUCACGAUAUGAUACCUUCGGAGCUAUUCUGGGCAUAGCCGGGAUCCGCUCACAAUGGAGUUCGAAUGCUUUCCACUCGUCUUCUUGUCCAUAGCCAAUUGCAUGACAUUCUUGAAGACUCUGA